GGACUGAAUUACUUGGAGAAACAGCGGACACCAUGUCCCGCAGCACCUCCCACUUGGACUUGAACUACUCAUGGCCGCUGGAAGCACCCACCAGCUUCUUUUUCUUGCCCUUUGUACCACAGCUGCUGCCAGAUUCGUGCUGACACCCCAGAUGCUGCUGCUGCCGCCUCGGCCACCCCACCCUCGGUCCUCCUCCCCAGAGGCCAUGGACCCACCGCCCCCCAAGGCUCCCCCUUUCCCCAAGACGGAAGGCCCUUCCUCCACUCCAUCCUCGGCCGCAGGGCCCCGACCCCCGCGGCUGGGCCGCCACCUGCUCAUCGACGCCAACGGGGUCCCCUACACAUACACAGUGCAGCUGGAGGAGGAGCCCCGGGGCCCGCCCCAGCGCGAGGCAGCGCCGGGAGAACCCGGGCCGCGCAAGGGCUACAGCUGCCCAGAGUGCGCUCGCGUCUUUGCCAGCCCUCUGCGGCUGCAGAGCCACCGCGUGUCGCACUCGGACCUCAAGCCCUUCACGUGCGGCGCCUGCGGCAAGGCCUUCAAGCGCUCCAGCCACCUGUCGCGGCACCGCGCCACGCACCGCGCCCGUGCAGGCCCGCCGCACACCUGCCCGCUCUGCCCACGCCGCUUCCAGGACGCCGCGGAGCUGGCGCAGCACGUGCGCCUCCAUUGAGUUCCAGACCCUCGGGGCCUCUCGAGCCACACAGCGUCACGCCCACACGAGCUCCCUGCCUCUCCGAGGUUCCUGUCUUACCCGGGGCUUCAGUUUCUCCAUCUGUCCAAAGGGAGAAACACCAUUCCUUCCUUACCUUCCUGUUUAGCUGUGUGAUGUAGACCAAGUCGUUGCCCCUCUCUGGGCCUGGGAGCCGGUCUCGGAACUGGGUUCCGGACCGGCUGUGCUGUGUGAGCCUUUGCAAGUGACAUAACGUCUCUGAGCCUUGGGCUUCUACUCCGAAGUGGUGAACGGUUGAGUGCGCGGAAGAUUUGACAAAAGAGCACGGCACGGUCUGGCUCACUUCUGUAUCUCUCCCUUUCCACCCACAACCCUCACUCCUUCCUCAAUAAACAUUCCGCACUCCA